CGCCCCCUAGUGGUAGUGAAGUAGUUAUUGGGCCUUGUUUAGAGUAUGAACUGUUAGCGGCUAUGAAGUAAUUUUGACAUAUAUUACAGAUUUAGUUGUGUAUAUUUGCCUAUAGCAAAUAUAUUUUAAUUUGUACGGAUAUAGUAAAAAUCAGCAGCUUUUCAAAAAUGAAUAUUCGCAAUGCGCGGCCCGAGGAUUUGAUGAACAUGCAGCACUGCAACCUGCUGUGUCUUCCAGAAAACUACCAAAUGAAAUACUACUUCUACCACGGGCUGUCAUGGCCACAGCUUUCCUAUAUAGCUGAGGAUGAGAAUGGGAAAAUAGUUGGAUAUGUUCUGGCCAAAAUGGAGGAGGAUCCUGAUGAUGUGCCUCAUGGACAUAUUACAUCAUUAGCAGUUAAACGUUCCCACAGAAGACUUGGUCUGGCUCAGAAGUUAAUGGACCAGGCCAGUCGAGCCAUGAUCGAGAACUUCAAUGCCAAAUAUGUAUCUCUUCAUGUUAGAAAGAGCAAUCGAGCAGCCCUUCAUUUGUACUCCAACACACUCAAAUUUCAAAUAAGUGAGGUAGAGCCAAAAUACUAUGCAGAUGGUGAAGACGCAUAUGCAAUGAAGAGGAACCUUACACAGAUGGCAGAUGAGCUGCAGAAACCUGGUGUGCGUCUGCGGGGAUCUGAGACGCCUCAGUCGCAGACAGUUGCAGUCACAGAGCUGGUGCAGAAACUCUCAAUGCAGGAUGGAGAGAAGGAGGGUGAUGGAGACAGCGGAGGAGAGAGCAAAGAGAUGAGUGAAGUAAGUGAGGCUACUGAAAGCACAGAUGUCAAAGACUCCUCUUCUGAUUCCUGAACAGCCUCAAAUCAUCGGACGACGUCUGUCCCUCCAACAUGUCAACCGAGGAUUCUGAAUUGCUUUACUGUAACUCAGCAUUUGGUUUAUUCAGCUACGUUAUCAAUGUACAAAAAGGCAAUUUGCAAAAAGUAUUCAUGACUAUGGGAAUAUUUCUACACAGGAACUGUUAAUAAAAUUUGACACUAUA